AUGAUGUAUGCGGGAUCUCCUUUGGGUAGCAAUCCCACUUCCCCAAUCCCAGUCCGUCAUCCAAGUUCUGAGGGUCAGUCAGAUGAUACUUCCCCUGUUCUUGAGCCUCGAUCACUUCCAUGCUGGGCAUCACAGGCACAAUGUGACCUUGCCCAAGCAGAGGAGGAGCUACGCCGCCUACAAGAGCACCAUGCAACUGAGACUGAAACUGUUAAGCGUGGUGUGGAGCGUGCCAUCUUGGGAGCACGAAGAGAAGAGCAGCGCCUGCUUGAGAGGGUGGAGCAGGACCAUCGAGACACUCAGCAGCGUCUGGAACAGAUCCAAAGGGAGAACAUGGCGGCAGCUCGGGUCAGCCAGUCCUUGAUGGACCAGAGGCUUCGUAAACUGGAUCAUCUUCAGCAACAGAUUCAGGAGUUGGGCCAACAGUCAGGUCUUGAUGAAAAAGGACCAAACCAAAACCUGAUGCUCAAAGAAGUCACAGAGUUUUUGCAACCCUGGGAAAUUUCAGUUUCUCUAAAGAAAGUGAGCUUCAAGCCCAGCUCCCAACCUAACGCUGUAGCUUUUGGAGAUAUUCGUGUGCAAGAACAAAACCUGUGUCUGCAUGUUGGAGGUUGUGGGCCGCAUGGCCAGCUGUGUGCUCUCCAUUCACAGGAGAUACAGAGUGGAGGAAUAAAGCAUCAAAGUAUUGGAGGACAGAAAAGCACUCCACAGCAGGGUUUGACCUCACCAACAGGCAGGGUUGUCAGGAAGAUCAGCCUGUCUAACCGUAGUGAUCUCCAAUCAGAGGAAGAACAAAAGCUCUCCCCAACAAGGAUACGUCCCUGGCUGCCAAAGGCUGAACAGUCUGACUUUGAGUCAUCCCAGGAUGAGAUGGAUCCAGCGUCUUUCCAGCCACAGGGGGAGGAUAUAUUUCUGGCUGUACCCUCUGUACUUAAAAACAUGGAUACUGAUGGCAAAGAUGAGUACAAAAUGAAAAGUAAUGGCAAAUGUUUCUCUCCCAGAAAUCAGAGGAAGUCAUUUACUGGUAGGAGGCCAUCCCCAUCACCUGAACGAAGACAGGAGCACACUAAGCUCAGUCAUUGCUUGAGUUUAGACAGCCAUGAUGAAAGAACAGGAAAAUAUGGGCAAGACCCCAGCAGUGGACAUUUGAGGUACAGUAACAAUGGUCUAUCCUCUCCAAGAAUGACUCCAAGAGAACCUUUGACCAGCCAAAGCUGCCUAGACCUCACCUCCAGGGGCAGACCUCACUCUUGCCUUAGCCAGUCCUCUGAUGAACAUUCUCUAGGGACCUUCGGUGAUUCUGGUCGAGCACCAUCUCCAACAGACAGUCUUGAUUCUAGCUAUACUUUUAUCGUGAGCCCAUCACAUGACUACAGCAUGAACAGGGGGUCUUUGAACUACAGUUGCCGUCUGUCAAAGUCCGCAGUGGACUUGACCCACAAGACACGCCCAUUGAUUAGCAGCGGAACAAAUGAGAAUGUAGGAGUGUGGAAGGUCAAGUGUAGCAACUUUGAUUCCACGACCAGCUCUACAGCUACUUCACCAAUUCUUAGCAGAGGAUCAACAGUUUCUGACAUGGGACAGACACUUGCAUACCCAACAUACAGAAGUUAUAAUACUCUGCAACAGCCCCAGAAAAAAAUCUUAUUACCUGCCUCGAAGCAACCCCUGGGAGCAAGGUCUUUAUCCAUGCCUUACAUUGAGGGAACCUGUCCAGAACUAAAGAGGGGUAGAGGAGAGAGAGCAGAGCCAGCCUUGGAGGAACUGGAAGAGGAGAGCAGUCCAUCCUUGUCAGCAUUAAACCCUAGAGGAAUCCACCUGAUCAGGCAGUUUGGAAAGCAGGGUUCAGGUCGGUCUGACCUUACUUUGCCAAGUGGUAUCCAUGCCACACCACAGGGCCAGCUCUAUAUAGUCGACUGUGGGAAUGCCCGUGUUCAGGUAUAUUUUAUGUAACUUCUGGUGAUGUAGAAAGCACACUAUUACAAUGGCAAAAAUUGUGUUUUAAUAAAUGGUUUACAUUCAAACAGGUGACUGAUCCACGGGGAAAUGUCCUCCAGCAAGUGUCCUCUUCCAAUUCUGAUGCCUCUGCAAGACGAUGUCGGAAUUACUUUGAUAUUGCCGUCAAUGCUAAAGGUUUGAUUGCACUUAGCUGUGCAGCAGAGCGAGCCCUUCUUGUGUUCAGCCGGCAUGGUCGUCUGCUACAGACUUUUGGAGGGUCGGGAUUAGGCUCUGCAAAAGAUGAGCUAGAGGCUCCAAGGGGUGUGACUGUGACCAGACUGGAUGAGUUCUUGGUAGCUGAUAUUCGAAAAGGUACCCUCAUAGCCCUGAAGCUUGAGCCUAAAACUGGCUGCCGUCUUGAGCGCACAGUGGUGACUGGAUUCCACCGGCCUUACUUAGUAGCAGCCUGCUUGAGCUCAGGCAUGAUAGCUGUGUCUGAAAGGGGCAAUGAAACAGGACGUGUUCCUUGUAUUAAAGUUCUCGAACCAGGUUGGAACACUGUAAGAGUUCUAGGUGUGUGUGCUGGUAUGGGACCAGUCUUGGCAUGCCCUUGGGGUAUCUGUAUUGACACAGCUGGCAACGUGCUGGUUGCAGACUGGGGAGAGCAGCACAGAGUCCUUUUCUACCCAGCACAAGGGGUUGGUUGGCCUGUAGUAAGCCAUGGCUUAAGUAGUCCACGUGGCCUGACCCUACUACCUGAGGGCCAACUAGCAGUGUCAGACAGCAUGAACCAUUGCAUUAAGAUUUAUCAGUACAAUGUCAACCAGCACUAG